AUGGGCUCCUCGCAAUCGCCUGCCUCGAAAUCUAAAAAUCGCCACCAAAGGCAGCAAAAACUCAAACUAUCGCAUACUGAGGAACAAGCUGCUUUGCAGAAACAGAAGGAUGCGGGCAAGAGCGCAGCCCGGAGGUUGCGUCGCAUGGCCAGGAAUUCGGCAGAGGUGGCUCGGCGGUCGACCUAUAGCCACAGCUUAGCUCCAGAGUGCGAGAGUCAGGUCGGCCGGGUAGUCCGCCGUCUGGAGAGCCUCCUCAUCAAGACUGCCCACGCACAAGUAAAAGGCUCGGACUUAACGGGGCUCUUACCUACCCAGUGCCUCAAUGACGAGGUUAUGGACUUCUUUGGCUCACUAAUCCUGGCUCGCUCUUCCUCACGCCCUGGGAGUGGCAUAUUGAACGUUUUGGUGCUUUCGGUCUUCUUUUGGAAGGCGUUGAUCGAUGGGUCGAGCAAGGUAAAUCAAUGGACUGAUCGUGAAUCGGUCGACAUUUUCAGCAAGGACGCCAUCCUCCUUCCAGUUCACCAUGUGUCUCCUCCGCACUGGACGGCAGCGUCUAUCAACUUUCGGAAAAAGAGGGUUGAGUCAUAUGACAGCUUGGGCAAUGAUCAUCCUCAGGUUUAUGAGCUUUUGCGUGGAUACAUGGAUAAGGAACAUCUCCGGAAGAAGGGCGCACCCUUCAACUUUACGGGCUGGGUAAAUCAUACGCCAGGGUGCGAACCUUUUGCCGUAGUUAUAGAGGAAAAGGAAUACUGA